GCUGUCACUUGCAGUGUUAUGACAUUUAUGGGUGGGCUUUUAGACAUAGCCGAUUUGUUCAUCGAACAUUCGCCGAAAUUUAUCGUGUUCUUAUUAAAUUUUUGAUUUUUAUGUAAAAGAAUAUUUGCUAUUUAACAGAUCCAAACGGUGAAAAGGUAAAUUUAGCGGCAGCAAACAGUUCAGUUUCGUUGGAAUUCAGUGUUGAGUUUCCUUUUUUGAGUGAAUUUGACACUCAUUCUGAUGAAAAGUAAUUUUGCUUCACCGUGUUGGUCGCUAUUUCAAACGGGUGAAAAUACUUGGAUGAACACAUGGCGGCGGCAUCAAACCAAAUGUUCACAAGUACACCAAUCACGAGUAAUAAUGUAUUGGAAAUUGUACCACAAUUUCCAAGUUCUCCAAUCACAAAGACCGAUGGCAAUGUAGCGGAAAUGGUACGACGACGGCUGAGACUGUCGACGGAUGCUCGUGAAAAGUUCUUCGAAUGUGGCUAUUGUGCACAGACAUUCAAACUGGAAUGCAAUUUAAAAUAUCAUGAGAUGGUGCAUCAAUUGAAUCAUCAUGAGCGAAAAGACAGAGACCAACCGUUCGUAUGUGUUGUGUGUGGGAUGCGAUUUGGGGAAAAAUCCGAAAUGGACAAACACCGAGAAGUUCACGUGGAGAAGAUUGUGCAAAAGUGUAGCUAUUGCAAUAAGAAAUAUGGCCACGAAGAGCAUUUACAACGGCAUGAACGUAUUCAUGAAUGGAUUGACUCGCUCAAGGAACAUUUACCAUUUGAAUGCAACGAUUCAGAAUUGAUAUUCCAGAGUGAAGCUAUGCCUGAGCCACCAUUGACCGAUACGCCAAUGCAAAGUAAAGAGCCACACAUCAGUUUGCAACGUUUUAAAGAUGAACCGAAUGUUGGUCCGGAAAAUGAUGCAGUCGAAUCGAAAAGAGACGACGACAAAUCCAAUAGCUCGGAAAUCAUCACAAUUUCAAUCAGUUCAGAUACUGACAGCAACAUUGACGAUGGACCAAGUCCAGAAAUAACAAUGGCUGGACCCGAAAGACGUUCUACAGCCGAAAAUCAAGUGGCUGACUGCCCACGGGUUCAACGAGCGGACAUUUGUGACAAAGAGGUGUUCAAGUGUGCCUAUUGCGAUUUGACAUUUGAACAAAUUGAUGAGAAACUGAAGCACGAAUGCCAUUUUCACAAGCCAACAGUUAUACUCAACAAGGUCAUGGUUAAAACCACUGUCGUUUCAAUAAACGUAGACGUGCCGACAGGAAUCACUGCACCAAAAGCGGAUAACAACCGGAAGGUGUGUGCUACCACGCAAAAACCAAUCCAAAAAACGAAACAGGACAACAGAAUUGAAGAAUCGGAAACUCACAAGAUCGAUUUGAUAGCGCACAACAUUGAUGAGGACGGUCAAACGAAAAAUAGUCAGAAAUCGAAUGAAACCGAAGAGACGAGCAAUAAAAUAAGUCAAAAUGCAAGGAAUAGAAAACAACGCCUGAAUAGGAAAGACUGUUGGCCAUUUACAAAUUUUCAGCCAAAAUUCAGCUGUUCUGAAUGCAGACAACGUUUUACUACCGAGGAAAGUCGUGAUAUUCACCGAAAGACGCAUUCCACUGAAGAACAUGUUGAACCAAUCCAAAUUGAAACCAGUCCAAAUGUGGUUGGACAAAGCAAUCAGGUGGAAAAUGAAUUGAGCGUUGUAAACGAGGUCAUUGAUUUGACUGAGCCUGAAAUUGCCGAACACAACAACGAUGCCACAGUGCAAAAGACUCAACCGAUACCCAUUGAGACGAAUUUCAAGUGUAGCCAUUGCGAUUGGACAUUCGCACAAAAUGACGAUAAAUUGAAACAUGAAUGCCUCGCUCAUUCGUCGAGAGUUGUGCUUCAGAAAAUCGAAAAUGAUGCCACAUCGAACGGUAUAGUAACAAUGCUCACAGAAAAACCGCUAGAAACCAAAAACGAUAGUAUUGUACCAAAGAAAAAUGUCCAAAGCAACGAGAUGGAAAUCAAUGAUUUAAUCGAAUUGGACAUCGAUGCUCAACCUAAUAACAAUAAGCGGAAACGAUCAAAAGACGACAAUGAUCAAAUUGACACUGAUAAUACAGGGAAAAGAGCUCGUUUGGCGCCCAAUCCAGCGGCAAUAAAUCAACAGUUCAACGUCAAUUCGUCGAUCGUAAACGAUCUACACUUAGAAUUCAACGAUGAAUCCAGUUCAAAACGAAUUGCGGGACGAAAGUCAAAAGAAAAUGUGCAACAACAACAAAAACAGGCCAUUGAUUCACAUGCACCCGGAUUUUGGAGGAAACAUUUCCUUGGAAUUGACCAGAAACAACUCUUGAUCGCCACAAGGCCUGCUCCAAGAUAAAUGUCCACCGGAUUGACAAUAACCGAGUCAAGUCGAUAUAAACAUACGGGAAAAUGACUGACUUUACUGCUAAACCAAAUUUUAGAUUUAAAAAAAAAAGCCAAAAUUUCAUUCAAUGUUAAGCAUUUUGAAAUGUAUUUUGGACAAAUGUUCUGAGUCUCAACAGCUUCUCCGGUGAAAAUGUUUGAAAUUACAUAGCGAUUGUUUCGCCCAAAUUGCCAAUUAUCUAAUAUGUGUAAUAGGAAAAUAACAUGUCUUUCGAAAAGAAUCUCUCACAAAUGAUAUUUCUGUAGCAAAUCGAUGGAGUGAACAUGAGAGUGUAUUGUUUUUAUUCUUAACUGAACAACAUAAAUCAAAUUUCAAAUGUAUCACAACGAUAAUUAAAUCAAUUGGAAUAAUAAAUCAAAUUUUUAUGAAUUGUAUUUAAAAUCAAACAGA